AUGGCUGAAUUAAACCUUAACAGCUUCUUGAACGAAACAGAAGGAUGCAAAUUCAUCGGAAUUCUCUUCGAGUUGAUCCUUUACGGUCUUUCAUUGGCGCAAACGCAAUAUUACUUCCAUGAGUAUUCGACGGACCAUUGGCACAAGAAGGCUCUGUUCCUUUGGACGGGCCUUGUCACCAACCACGCUCAACUUUCAGGCUUAGCUAAUUUCACAAAGACAGCGAUCCCCUUGAUAGUUCUGAUUGUUCAAUUUCAUGGCUCCGCGAUGGCAUCGUACUACCAUCGCCGCUACAAUGGUGCCGGUAUAGGCAUGACGUACGAUGGAUCGCGCAAUCCCAACGUGGUCGUGAGCAUGGCUCGGAUGAGAGUUGACGGGUCGAUUCAAACUAUCUCGGCGUUUGUGACGGAUGUGUAUAUCUCUGCGGCUUUGAUCAUAAUUCUGCGAGGAAAGCGGACGGGAUUCUAUGGAACGGGAUCAGUCAUCACGAAGCUUGUCCUAUUCACCAUACACCGCGGUAUCUUGACUGCUUUGAUGCAGCUCCUGCAUUUCGCCACCUACCUUCCAUUCCGCAACACUCAAGCUAUAUUGGGCUCUAUUUCAUUUUCCAGGAGGGAAGAGUUGAACGUUCGCCACUGGCUUCGAGCAAGUAACGGCGAAGUUAGGGUCGGGGAAAUCGAGCUCGUGAAGAAGGGCUCGGGCAGCUCGGGCAGCUCCGCAAAGAAACAGAAAUAUGCGGCGCGGAUCCUCGUCUCCCAAGAGGUUACUUCAGAUGCGGAUUCGCAUGCAGGAGGCCGACUUAUGGGGAGCGUCGAUGUGUAG